GUUUGAUUCAUCCAUUUUGAAGAGACGGGGGAGCGGGGGGCUCGUCUGAUUAAGGGGCCCUGAACCAAGAAGCAGCGGAGUUUGAGAAGCCUGCAGCUCGGGGUUCGGCGGCAGCGGCCCCAUCGGCCGAAGUUGGGGGGGGUGGGGCGCCAAGCGCGCGGGGUGGGGGGGGUCCUGGUCUUUGGCUUCUCGACUCGGUCCUGUUUCGACAGCGAACAUGUCUCGGCCUGUCAGAAAUAGGAAGGUCGUUGAUUAUUCACAGUUUCAGGAAUCUGAUGAUGCUGAUGAAGAUUAUGGAAGAGAUUCAGGCCCUCCAGCUAAGAAAAUUCGGUCAUCUCCCCGAGAAGCUAAAAAUAAGAGGCGAUCUGGAAAGAAUUCACAGGAGGAUAGUGAGGACUCCGAAGAAAAAGAUGUGAAAACCAAGAAGGACGAUUCUCACUCAGCAGAGGACAGCGAAGAUGAAAAAGAAGAUCAUAAAAAUGUACGUCAGCAACGGCAGGCAGCCUCUAAAGCAGCUUCCAAGCAGAGAGAAAUGCUCAUGGAAGAUGUAGGCAGCGAAGAAGAACAAGAGGAAGAGGACGAGACGCCAUUCCAGGAGAAUUCCGGCAGUGAUGAAGAUUUCCUAAUGGAAGAUGAUGAUGAUAGUGACUAUGGCAGUUCAAAAAAGAAAAACAAAAAGAUGGUCAAGAAGUCCAAACCUGAGAAAAAAGAAAAGAAAAUGCCCAAACCCCGGCUAAAGGCCACAGUGACGCCAAGCCCUGUGAAAGGCAAAGGGAAGGUGGGGCGCCCCACAGCUUCAAAGGCAUCAAAGGAAAAGACUCCUUCUCCCAAAGAAGAAGAUGAGGAACCAGAGAGCCCUCCAGAGAAGAAGCCCUCGGCAAGCCCUCCACCUGAGAAAUCAGGGGACGAAGGGUCCGAAGAUGAAGCCCAGUCUGGGGAGGAUUAAAAAAGUGAUGAUGGUUUGGGGAGAGAUUUUAUUAAAAAAAAAAGAGAAAAAAAAAAAGAAAAAAGAAAAAGGGGGGAAAAAAAAGAAAACCUACUUAAGAUAGAACAUGGUUUUGGCUAUGGCUUGACUCAUGGGCUUUCAGUGCUUUUUUCCUUUUCUUGAAAAUAACAUUCUCUCUCUCUUUUUUUAAGAAAACCAUUAUAAGUUUAAUUUACCUUUUUGUCUAUUGGUCCUCUCUUCGCCAUCACCCGUCUUUCCCACCCCUUCCCAAUGAAAGCCAUGUCAGAAUAAUCACUGGAUUGACUGCUUCACCUUUUUAUUUUUAACGGAAGGUAUACCACAGUUGGAAAGCAAUAAGAUUUGAGAUGAACACUACGGAAAUUUUGCUUUUUUGCUAAAUGGUAGAAAAUGAACCGUAAUAAAAAAAAAACAUAGAAGGGUUUUAGUUAAAAAUGAUUGCUUCUCUCUCUACCUGGACUUAAAAAAAAUCAACUGUCAUCUAAUACAAGUUUAUAUGUCUAUAUACAUAAGUAUAGAUGUCUAAAAAAAUCAUGAUGUUAAACUUCCCACUGAUGGGGCAGGUAGGACAUAAAGAUGAAUUCUGAAUUGUUACUAAAAGUAUUCCUAUUUUUUACCUUGGGGGCAAGGCAGGGCAUGGUGUUACCUGACCUUGUUUGAGGGUGUGGUUUUUUGUUUUUUUUGGGUUGUGGUUUUUUGUUUUUUUGGUUUUUUUUUUGUAAAUUUCAUCACUUGUUAUCUUAAAGAGACCCAGAGCCAGUAAUCCUUUUAUCCUGCUACAGUCUUUCAGGAACUUUAAAAGAACAACAACAACAACAAAAAAGGCAAGGGCCACCAAAACUUAAAUCAGUUUUGAUUUCCUAUUUCAUUCUCUAAUGGUUCAUGUUUUUAAGUAUAUAUGUAUCUAUUCUGUUUCUUGGAUAAAAUUACCAAGGAUCAAAAAAAAAAAAAAAAAAAGAAAGAAAGAAAAGAAAAGAAAAAAAAACCUUUAGGAUUUAAACAGCAAGAUCUAUACACCAGAGUGGAUUUCUUCUUAACUGACAAUGUUUAGGUUUUAAGCAAAUAAAGUACCAAUUAAUGUGAAACUCAAUCACAAAGACUUGAGAUUUUUCCUUUAUGAAAACAGAAAAUUGAAAUUCUUUUAUGCCAAAAAUGUGCAUUCCGAUCCCAUGAACCAUGCUCUGUUUUUAUUUGGGGAUAGAACAUUUUUCUUUUCACAUACCUAUCCUCCCACUUCUUUGUAGACACAUGCGGUGCAUCUCCGCUUCCUGCUCCUACGUAGGGUCCCACUGCAUACCCCAUCCCCAGAGCCCGCCAGCUCUGCUCUGGGACAUGAUUUCCCCAGCUCUCUCCUUUGCUCCCUUCAUGUUCUGUGCUUGACUAAGAGGGAGUGUGGUAAAUGGCCACUCCCACACCCUUCAGUUUGCUUUUGUCCCUCUCCUUGUGCCCCUGCUUUCCUGCUCACCUUGCUUAAAGCAGAAGUUCCAGGGGCUCCAGGCCAGGGAGACCAUGUAGUUAGGAGCCCAUGUGCUGCUGAGAACAGACUGUCCAUGCCUUAUGAAAGCAAUCGGGAGAUAGUUCUGUAGGUUUGAUCCUCCACAUCCUGAUAACCACGAGCUCAUGGGAGCAAGGGUUAAGGGGCUUGGUGUGCUAAUAUGUUGAAAAAAAAAAUAGUGAAAUUUAACCUCUGCCUUCUUAUGUAGGUGUGCUGCUUUGGUAUCUUAAGCGGUUUUCUUUCUGUCUUUUAUGUUAGAGCAUGUUUUUCUCUCAGACCACGUGGCUUUCUUGCAGAUGUUCCUAGGACAAAAGGUUAUUUAAGGAAUAUUUUUACUCUGAUUUUUAAGACACUUUAAAGACUGUCCUUACUCUGUGACUUUUUUAAAAUAACACCCAGUGGCAGAGUCAUUUCAUUGUUGCACACUUGCGUGUGUUAGAGAAUGAAUUUGGAGACUUUAGUACUUGGCCAAAAAUGCGAAACUUGAACGUAUGUUGCAGUUGGAUUAUUAUCUUUCAUGAUGGUUAACUUUAGAGUCGUGAACUUUGUAAUGAGGGGGAUAAAGAUUAUUCUAUUUGCUUUAGUGGGUUUUCGGGUAUCCAAUUUUAACAAGGUUCGUGUUCAUCUAGUAACAAAAGACCUCUCAGUGUUUCCACCAUGCACUUCUGUUUUUAGGGGUUUGUAACUUUUAAGUCCUACAUUCCUAGUAACAUUUGGACUUUUCUUAGAUUAUGUUUCGUGAAGAUGGGGGGGCGGGGGGGGUCUUUUAAAACUUUAGCCUCGGUAUUUUAUGUAACUUGGUGUCUUUAAUAUGUUAAUCUGCACUAACAUCUCCGUGAUACACACUCAUUCUUUAGAGAUAAUCCUGUCUUCUAGGUGACUUGUGUGCAUUUGGUUGCGAUCCCUUUUUUAAAAAUUAAUUCAUGAGAUUGAAAAAUGUCUUCUAUAUUUCUAAUGGACUAGACAGAAGGAUCUGUGUCCCCAAGUGAGACAGGCUCUGAAUGACCUUUGUUUUCUCCACUUUUUAUUGAUGAUUGAAAACACUCUGGUCUUGCCCUCCAAUCAUGCAAGCAUGCAGGAGGACAGCUGUGGUGUCUCAACUGGAAAUAGGUGCUCAAUAGGCUUGAUUGAUUGUGACAUCAGGACCGGGUCACAAGCUAGAAGCUGACAGUGACUGGCCAUUGGCACCACCCAUGACUCAACUCCCGUUUCUCCCUCUAGCGUGCCUAUGGUGAAGUGGCAAGAGCGUCACUCACGGUCUUGUUUGCAGUGCUCAGGAAGUGGGACGUUCACUGGCAAGGUGCUUGUUCGUGGUACCUGAUUUCUCUUAGCUCUUAGGUUUACCUCUGGAACAUGGAUCUCGGCUGCUCUGCUGACUGACACUACAUUCUGUAUUUCCAGACGUCCCCUCCCCAAAGUCCACAGCUAGAAAUGGGUAGCUUGGAUCUUAAAUCCAUAACUUGCUGCUGCUUUUAGCUCUCCCCAUGUCAGAUUGGAAUCAAUGGAGCGGCCCCCCCAGGAUGCACGUCAAUUUCAGCCAUAGUAGGUGUGUCCUGCUUUCGGAAACGUCUCUCCCUUUCAUAGCCCCACCCCCUAUGGCGUCCCUGAAGGGAAAUUAAUGGGCGUGCCUUUUAGGGAGGUAAAGGUGGGAGUGUUUCCCUCUGGAAGAAGAGUAGUUGAUUUCUCCACCAAGGAGCUUGGAUACUGUCCCCCUUCCCCCCUGCCACGGUAAUUGGUUUGCUCCAUUUCAAUUCUCAGUUCAUACUUAUCCUUGGCCCAAGUUGAAAGAGCAUUUUUUACAGGUAACAAGUCAAGGUGGAAUUUGAGGUUAUAAUCCAGUAAAGGACAUUUGUGAAUAUGGUCCGCUAGACUGAACUUGAUGCCUUUAAAAAAAAAAAAAAGUUUCUUCUUUUAUCCAUGAACAUUAAAGUAUUGAGUGGAUUUUGGCUGACUGGUUGGGAGAAGGAGGUGCUUUUCUUUAAACCCAAUUAGGAGAUGCUUUGAGAGUAGUAGGUAGUCGAGGGCAGAAUUUACCAGGAGCAACAAGGAAAGCUUUUUAUAAAAGAUCAUGUG